GUUCUCUCUCCUACAUGUACAACUUGCCCGUCUUAUACAAUUUCAAGCUGACUUUCGCCAUUCAUUUAUCCUUCACCUUUCCUAAUUGUUGUCUCUCUUAACAGAAAUCUUUGGCUUCUUCAUGCCAUGAGAGGAUUCUAAUUGUUCCAGCACGAUCUCUUUCGCGUUCAGCUAACUGCCGGUGAACACUUGUCAAGAUGGAGCUAUCUCAAGGAUACAAGACAGUAGCAGCCUUCAUCAUUGCGCUACCUCUUUUUGUCUGGCGAUUUAAGAACUCUUCAGGUCCUAACUCGCGCUUAGAGGGUUUCUUCUUUUAUUGUCUUUCUGUCGCUUCUGUCUCUUGGUUGUAUGCCGUCUCAGUACUAGUCCCUGAGCCUUACCUGGAUGAAGUAUUCCAUAUACCGCAGGCGCAGAAGUACUGCCAGGGUAGGUUCAAAGAGUGGGAUGACAAGAUUACGACACCACCAGGGCUUUACCUUCUCUCUCUUGUAACACCUGGAGUUAUCCGUCCUAGUAGUUCAGUAAGUGGAUACUUCUGCGACGUCAAGAGUCUACGAGCUACCAAUGUCGUUGUUCUGAUGAUACUCGCCUUCUUGGUCCUGAAGUGCCGUAGAGAGAUCGAGGCACGUCUCUAUGAAGCUCAUACCUCGACCCGGCUACGCAAUACUUCACAAUAUGCAAUUCACACCGCACUCAACGUCGCCCUCUUUCCUCUUCUCUUCUUCUUCUCUGGACUUUACUACACCGAUGUUGCAUCUACUGCAGCCGUCCUGGUCGCGUACUUGAACCACUUGAAGCGCAUUGGUCGAGAUCGUAGUUCUGUCUUGAACGAUCUAACAACAAUCUUCCUUGGAAUUGUCACACUUUUCUUUCGCCAGACCAAUGUCUUCUGGGUAGUUGUGUAUAUGGGUGGCCUAGAAGCUGUCCAUGCUGUCAAGACAUUGCGGCCAGAGCAGGUUGAUCAGCCAGUUAUCUUGACGCUCUUUAGGCAGAUCAAAUAUUUUGCAUGGAGAUAUUCCCUUGGCGAUGUCCAUGACCCCCCACUGCGCAUGAUGUGGCCAGAUGACAUGCUCUUCUGUGUAUUGAGCCUGGGAAUCGCAGCGAUUUGCAACCCAAUCCGCCUCAUUAGGCAAAUAUGGCCUUACGUUGCUGUCCUUGUCUCAUUUGGUGGCUUCGUAGCAUGGAACGGUGGUGUUGUCCUCGGUGACAAAUCCAACCAUGUUGCUACUAUCCACCUCCCACAGAUGCUCUACAUAUGGCCUUUCUUUGCUUUCUUCUCUCUGCCACUUCUGGCACCGUAUGCCCUACCCGUCAUUAACAUAGGACUGCGAAUACUUCCGCAGGCUGGAUCGCCUACAUCAACUAGCAAACCAGCCCCCGAGGCAGAGACCAAUGCAGAGCCGGCCUCAUUUUCCUUCAGCAAGUCACGAAGGUCAGGAAGCUCUGAGAAAGACUCGGCGACGGGCAGCUCGGACAGAAAAUACCCACGUCCAUCGAAGCCACUGGAAAUCGCCAGCUUCAUCUUUGGGAUUAAGCUCAUACUCUGGCCCCUCUACCUCCUUGCGACCAUAGUGCUCUCACUCGCCAUCGUCCGCUACAACACUAUUAUCCACCCCUUCACUCUGGCUGACAACCGCCAUUACAUGUUCUACAUCUUUCGAUACACCAUCCGACGGGCUUCUUGGAUUCGAUAUGCUUUGGUUGUCCCCUAUACCUUGUCUCGGUGGAUGACGUGGGGUACCAUCGCUGGCUGUUCCCAGUUCUUCACUAUUCACACGCGUGCCUGUUCUGUUUAUGGGAAUGGAACAGGAAAUCCUCCCUUCCUGAGUCAUCCUAUGGUGACUAACGUUGGGUUUUCGCCAAGACAGACUUAUACUCCCUUUCCAGCUGAGAUAAUGGAGAAUUCUCAGGAUACUUCCAAAGAUCAAGAACUGAGCAAGGCUUUGGAGGAUGACCCUCUUCUUGCUUCCGUUAUACCAGCUUCCACUUCGACCGGACUCAUAUUCUUGCUUGCCACAACCUUAUCACUCAUGACGGCCCCGCUAGUAGAGCCACGAUACUUUAUCAUACCCUGGGUGAUGUGGAGGCUGCUUGUACCUGCGUGGAGGCUUCACGAUCAUGGUGGUUACAGCGACAUUGCUUCUAGGCUCUCAAAUCACCCAAAGACCAGGCCUUUGUUUGAGUUCUUUCAACACUACGAUAUGCGUCUUAUCAUUGAAACGUUUUGGUUCAUCGCCAUCAAUGUUGCAACAGGCUACAUCUUCCUCACCAAGCCUUACAUAUGGAAGGCGGAAGAUGGGACUGUGCUAGACGACGGUCGACUUCAAAGAUUUAUGUGGUAAACACAAGAUGGAGGGGAUGUGAGCGGUGUGGUUGCAAAAGAUACUCUUUUUGUAUUUUUGUCUUGAUAAGCAUGUGGCCCUCCUAUCGCUAGGAACCCAUUUCAUGCCAGAUGUGAAAUAUACCCAAACACUAAACGCCAUACCCAUGGUCCAAACCCAGACCUAUUUGUAGCCCUAAUCAUACCCAGUUUCAUAUCGAGCAUCCCAAGUUCAUGCAAAAGUGAAGUUCGUGCGUUUGUACCAGAGUGGCUUAUCAUGUAAUGAGUGAUGCAUACACAUGUUUCCUGACCCGUCCAGUAGUCGUAAAAAGUCUCAUAAAAAUAAUCAUGCGUCAGAUUAUAAGCUUAGACGAUCCAAACUUAAGCCAUCAUUGCUUCUCACCCGGCGGAUAACGCCAAGCUUGAAGAACUUCUCUUCACCGCCUGGUGUGCGUCCACCGAUAUACCACUUGUCGGCACCUAUCACAUCACGGAACCCUUCACUGCUGCUGUCGCUUCCACGUCGACCAGAUGAUCCGGGAAUAGGAAUGGCGGUACCGUUGGCGGGGGAUGUUGAUGUCGACGGUGAGCAAGAGGUGGUGUUUCGGGGUGGACGGAUGGCGACACUGGAAGUAGUUGGUUGUUGUUGUUGAGACUGGUGAUGAUGAUGUGACGUAGAAGUAGCAGUGGUAGUUGUGUUUGCUGCAGUUGCUGUGGCAGUUGUGGUCGUCGUGGUAUCUCGGGUGUGCUUGUUUGGCUGAUGUUGAUGUGGAGCGGUAGUAGAGAUAGAGGGACCCUGAGGACGGAAGGCGGCGAGGAAAGAAGAGAGGAAAUACGGUCGUUGUGAAGGCAUCGUGAGGUUAUCGGUCUGAUGUGUUGUGAUGUGAUGGAGGGAGGUUGGCGGUAGAAGUCGACGGAGUAGGAGCCGAGCGACGGUCCGAGCAAAGCCGAGUUGCUCUUGUUCGUGACGAUGCCGGUGUAUGCGCAGCUGAAAGACAACCCAGUCCCUAAUUAUUUGUGUUGCUUUUGUUUUGUGAUCAACCGUCGUAGUAAAGUGACUCAAUUGUUUCUUGGUGGGAAUGGGAUGAAGAAGUGGAGUCGAGAGACAUGAAGAAACAGUGACAGUGGCAGUCUGGGGAAGAGCAACGGUUUAAUCGUAGUCACUGACGUCGACUUUUUGUGGAGGAAGAGGAACGAGGGAGGGGAAAACCCGGAACCAGCAA